UGACCACACACUCCUGUGCAGCACCUCCACCUGGCGCUGCUGCGCGUCUUACGCAACAGGGUGGAGCGUGCAGCGUGCAUGGGUGCAGAUAGUGACGGAGACCUCUGAAAACAUAACAACAGCAUCAUUUCCCACCGUCUACCAUUGCUGCGAUCUGUGGGGGCCCGGCGAUGCAGACGGACGCGCGGCGCGGUCCAAUGGCGCGGGCUCGCUGACGCACGGCGCCUCGAGGCGGGCCAAUCGGGUCCCGCGGUGGGCGGGACCUCUCCCCCUUGUAUUCUGAUUGAAUCCGUCCAGUAUGUAUUAGUUGGACGAGCGGGGAGAACAGGAAGAGCUGUUGUGUUGGAGAGGGGGGGGUGAGAUCUUCCACACACUCUCUCUCACACACACACGCACACAGAAAGACGCGGCUGACUGUGGAUCCCGGCUGCUCGCUGCUCCGUUAUGGCAGAUGCGGAAUGAUCCGAGCCGCAGCCGGGCGCGCCGACUCGUGACGGGGUUUUUAUUGUCUGCGGUGGCUGGAUCUCCCAAGGAUGCAUCAGAUGAUAACUGCGCAGGGAUGCCUCCGCUGAACAUGGACAAACAGGGCGUCUGUUACAAUGAUGAAGGCUCCCUCUCCUCCUUCUUCCUCCUCCUCCUCUCCUUCUUCGUCUCUGUUGUGAACACGGGCCACCCACAGGAUCGCCGCACCGCUCGCCACGGACAACUUAAACGCGCCUCUCACGCGUCGUUCCCAUGAAGACCGUUGCGCAGUGCAGUGAAAACGCGAUAUCGUGUCGUGGAUUUUCUGCCUAUAUAUUACCUAAUCAGCUGGUGUUCGGCCGGGCUGUCGGCUCCCGGUAUAGGCUGCAUACAUUCUCCAGAGCGGGUCGGCGCGCAGUCGACGCGAGGAGCUUCGUCAGGUGGUGAGAGCCGCUCUCCGAGGGCACAGAUGAGAGGCAAACAGUAUCAUCCGCCACUGAAGUUGACAGCGCCUUGGGAGAAGGAUGCUGGCUUUGGGAGGAAGCUCAAAACCUACAGGAAUCAUACCAAGAUAAUAGCACAGCCUGGGAUCGUGAUGAAAGUGCUCCGCAGGAAGAGGAUUGUCUUAUUUAUGGCCUAUUUCUUGCUGCUGGUCCUCACUAUGCUCAACUUGGCUAAUUACAAAUGGACUAAGGAGCCACAGCAGUGCAACCACCAGAUGAGGAGCACCACUUAUCAGAGCCGAUCGGACAUUCGCUUCCUCUACAGGCCCUCGCUGGCCAAAAAGAGACAGCUCAUCUACGUCCUGACCACCUGGAGGUCGGGGUCGUCCUUUUUCGGGGAGCUUUUUAACCAAAAUCCGGAAGUGUUCUUCUUGUACGAGCCGAUGUGGCACAUCUGGCAGAAACUCUACCCGGGCGACGCGGUGUCUUUACAAGGGGCAGCCAGGGACAUGCUGAGCUCCCUGUACCGCUGCGAUCUGUCCGUGUUCCAACUUUACAACAGCCCCGGAGGCAAGAAUUUCACCUCCCUGGGACUGUUUGGGGCCACCCUCAACAAAGUGGUGUGCUCCUAUCCCCUCUGCUCAGCCUACAGGAAGGAGGUGGUGGGGAUGGUGGACGAUAAGGUGUGUAAAAAGUGCCCCCCUCAAAGCCUUAGACUGUUGGAGGAGGAGUGCCUCAAAUACAACACCAUAGUCAUUAAAGGGGUGCGCAUUUUGGACGUUAACGUGCUGGCGCCUCUCAUGGAGGAUCCCUCCCUGGAUUUGAAGGUGAUCCACCUGGUCAGAGACCCGCGGGCUGUGGCCAACUCCAGGAUCAAGUCCAGACACGGCCUGAUCAGGGAGAACUUACAGGUGGUCCGCAGCAGGGAUCCCAAACUUCGCCGGAUACCUUUUGUGGAUCCCGGGCACAAAGCCAACAAGAAGGACGGCUCAGAUUACCACUCCAUAGGAGCCAUGGAGGUGAUCUGCGACCGCACCUCCAGGACUUUGAGGACUGCCUUAAACCCACCCAGCUGGCUGAAGGGGAAGUACAUGGCCGUGCGGUACGAGGACCUGGUCGAGAACCCGGUCAAGAUCUUGCGGAACAUCUACCGCUUCGCCAACCUCACCACCAACCACGACAUCGAGUCAUUUGCACUGAACAUGACCAGCGGCUCCAGCUCCUCCUCGAAGCCAUUCAUCGUCUCGUCCAGGAACGCCACACAGGCUGCUAGCGCGUGGAGAACAGUGCUCAGCAUUCAGCAGAUCAAACAAGUGGAGGACUACUGCCACCACUCCAUGUCUGUUCUAGGGUACGAACGAGUCAGAACAGCCGGGGAGGCCAAGGACUUGAGCAAAUCACUACUGACACACUCCAAACUGUGAAAAAAAAAAAAAGUACCCGCCACCAAAGACCCUUUUAAUUUAAUGUUCAUUUUUGCAUCGAGUGCCGUUUCCUCUUAUUGUGGAAUUAAAGCUUUACUUUAAAAAUCAGUGUUGGAGGAGCUCCACUGGCCACAUUUGGAAUGUAUCAUGUUACCCCUCAGAUGAAUUGCAGUGGUAUGUGAAGGGACCACUCCUUUUAUACUGGAAUAUUGGAUGUGUUUGACAAUGCGGGGCCGCGAACAACGACUCAAUUAGUGAAGCUGCAACAGUGAGCGAGGGGGAGAGAAACAAAAAAAAUAAAAAUAAAGCAUCAACUGUAUAAUUCAUGUAUCUUGUUAUGAAGACACUUCAAAGUGGAUGUUUUGGGGUUAUUUUUGAAUGUUCAGAAACCUUACAAGAAAUCUGUUUGUUUUUUUCCAAGUCUCCAUACUGUCUGUAAAAGUGAAAAAAAAAAAAAAAAAUAGUGGACGAAAGACAAAAAAACAACUGAUUUAAAAAAAAGAUUACAAAAAAAAAAAAUCUCAUUGCUAAUGUUUAUUUGUAAGACCUGGUUGAAAGUAAGAGACAAUCAAUAAAAUUGGUUUGUUGAUGUGC